CUCGACUGGAACUCCUUCUUCAAGCUGCGCCUCCGCCGCCGGCGCAUCCAGCUGCUCUUCUCCGUCAUCACCGGCCUCGCGGGCGGCGCCGCCGGCACCGUCGUCCUGGCCGAGGGCUUCGCCGAGCCGCUCAUCGCCCAGGUCCCGCUCGACCCCUUCUUUACCCUCGGCAUCAUGACCAUGGCCUGCGCGGGGCUGGGCUGGCUCAUCGGGCCCACGAUCGGCAACCAGGUCUUCUAUCUUGUCAACCACCGCUUCAAGACGCAGAUGCUGCAGAAGGAGGCCGAGUUCUUUGCGCGCAUCAAGAGGCACCGCGCCGACCCUACAAACUCGAGCGCGGGCAACCCAGUGCCCGACUUCUACGGCGAAAAGAUCCAGAGCGUGGCCGGAUACCGGAGGUGGCUCAAGGACCAGCGGGCGUUCAACAAGAAGAAGUCUGCGUCCUUUGUCUGA